GUUAAAUCCUGGCUAGGCAGGCGGACAGGAAAAUGCGCAUAUCAGCUGCACUCGUUGAUGACGAAAAUUAUGCGAACAUGGCUGAGACUCGCUUCAUUGUGGAGUUCACGCCACGUCCCACACGGUUUCAACUGAGUUUGCCGAGUGACUCCAGCUGGGUUACAGUACAGCAAACGCUGCUUCAAGGCUGUGGCUUGUCCCCGACUGCGUCCGCCGUCCGCAUAACGUACGCCGAUGAUGAGGACGAGAGGGUGCACCUUUCUUCGGAGCCCGAAAUGCAAGAAGCGAUCCGCGUUGCCGAGAAGAAAGGCAACGUACUAGAGGUACAGAUCACAGAAGAAGACUGGCCUGGUGCACAGCAGCUAAGCAGCCCCCAAAACUCGGGCAGCGUUUCUGGGGAGUUCGUGUUUGUUGGCGGAAACAACAACGCGUCGGAGACGCAGCAGAGUGACGCGUCUGUUGCACCAGGCGUCGCUUCCCCGGAGGCCUCGUCCGCUGAGGCACGAUCCGACGCAGGUGACAGCGGUACAAGCCCACCAGCCUGGUUCGUCGACUUUGUGCGAACGCUUAGGAACGAGAUCAAGGAUGAAGUUACGGCAGAGGUUUUCAAGCGGCUCGACGAGCGCAAGGUCGACAAGUGGACGGCGGCGGCCGACCCAUUCCCGGACGCACCGACGUGCGGCAAUUGCCGCUGUCAGGUUCAGGGAAUCCGCUACAGGUGCUGGAUCUGCCCGAAUUACGAUCUGUGCGAAGUGUGCGAAUCGCUGCCCAGCGUGCACGACAGCUCUCACGCGAUGCUGAAGAUUCGCAAACCUUUGGCCGGCUCGCAGCAGCAGGUUCCGCGUCGCAAGCGCUCCAAUGGCUGCACCUUUCGGCCAAUACGAUCGCCGAAUCGCGCUUCCGCCAUCAGGGAAAUGAAGCAAGAGAUGAAAAUGCAGAAGCUCAUGAAGAAGCUGGAAAAGUAUAAUCUCAGGGACAGCAACAUCUACAGACUGCCUGGCGCGUCGUCGAGUACCGAGAAUUACUUGAAUCCCGACGCCUACGAUUCCGAGUUCGUCUGCGACGACACCAUCCCGGACUGGACGCACGUGCAGCCUGGAACGCGCUUCACUAAGCGAUGGAAAGUGCGAAACUCGGGAAACCGAGCUUGGAACGACAAUAUCCUCCUCAAGUAUUGCUGGGGCACUCUAGGACUUAUGCCUAACGACACGGACAUAGAAGCGCCUCGACUGUUGCCGAACGAAGAAGGCAUGCUGGAAGUGCAGUUCACGGCACCGCAUGAGCCCGGCCACUACCAGACCCACUGGAGGAUGUUCAGUCCACAGGGCUACUUUGGCCACCGACUGUGGUGCAACGUAGUCGUGGACCCUGCUCUCACCCUUGAGCCAAAGCAGAAGCACAUGUCCAGCCUCAAGGUAGUUGCCGGAGCAGAUGACGACUUCUGCCACGAAUCGACUCUCAAGCCAGAAGAUUUCGCCACUGGACUCAAAGCCAACAUUGUGUCGCACACUGCAACCCCUUUCAAUACUCCAGCUGCGGUAACUCCUCGCAAGUCCCCCGAACCCACAGAGGUGGAAGAGUGUCGCGUAGCAACUCUCGGUUCAAACAUGUCGAUCCUGGACAUGCCAAUCCUUCACGACACUGAAGAGUCUGCCAGUGUGCUCAGCCUGAGCAGCGUCGAGACAGAGGCAGACUUCGAAGUCGUGCCACUGCCAUCUUGCUUUAAUCUCAACAUACCCUUCAAUCUCCCAGAGCCAAGGUGCACAGUGGAAAGAAGUGAAUCUACCCUGCAGAGCACAGCGACUUCUUGCGAGGUGAUUGCCAAGCCUCCCAAGUGCAACUACUGUGAUCCACUGCAGUGCAUGUCUUCGUCUGCCGUUGCCCCUCCACAGGGAUACAGUGAUAAUGAGGGAGAGAAUGCCAGUACUCCCGCCUUGCCUCUCCGGUUCAGAGAUCCGCUGACCGAGUCUGACAUGUCAAACUCGUCCACUGCGACAACCCAGACAAGUGCAGCAGACAUCAAGAGGCCUUCUGAUCGCGGCGAGAGUCGGAAUGACGCCAGCUCGUCGACCAGCAACAGUGAAGAUACUGCCAGGGCAGCAACGAAGCCAGCUUUUUCGACCCGGAAGCACUACAAAGUGGAAGCAGUUGGUGAUGCACUCCCAGAAGCCCUCGUCAAUGGAGCCUUAAAUGCUGCAGCCACAGUGUUCAAUACAGCCAAGACCGUCUUCACGGGAAUCCAGCAAGAGAGGCAGCGAAUGAGCUCACCGCACUGGUCACCGCCGGCACACCCUGCAACUGAGAGCAGGCUCUUCGAGAUGGGUUUCAGGAACCGAGAGCUCAACUCAGUCCUGCUAAAGAAAUAUUCGGGAGACAUCCAGAAAGUCAUUGAAGAACUCGUCAACGCCAACGAUGAGAGCUGGUCGACGACGACAGCUGUGGAUGGCCCUCCAACGGCACGUCCUUUCAUGUGUUCUUUCGACUAAAUUUAUCUUUAUGCUUUGCACCUCCUUUAUUGGUUUCAUAUCUUCUGUUAACAUUAUAUUCUUGUCUUACCAAUAGGAGUCUCUAUUUAAACAUUUCUAUGCCAUCAUACUGCCUGCCUUCACCUUUGUUUAGCAAAAAAUUUUACUAGCACAAGUAUGCACAGAAUGUCUAAAUGCUAGGUAAAGAAACCUCAAAUUCUGCUAUGCCUGUCAAGCUGGAAAAUGUAUACUCUGGAAGUCAUAAAUUCUUUAUGUUCUUGACUGCGCAACCACUAGUGUCUUUAUCUGUGCUUGGAAAGAGAUUGUCAGAUUGUCGGGCAAUUUUAUAUUCACGUAGAUGCAGUGCGUGUUUUCUUUUUUGUUAAGUUGGCAAAAGAAGCUUGCCGUUUUUAUGUGUUGGAGUAAAGUUUGUAGCUUGUAGUUGCACCACUAAAACAUUUUCUUUCUUUGCUUAGACUGCCUCUGUUGUAGUAUGUGGUGCACGUCACUGCACAGAUUUGAACACUUUCAACUCAUUUGCAAUGUUUUUUCGAAGUGUGUACGCUCUCAGCUUCAUGGUGAAGGCUUGUCACUGGCACCAUCCUAUUGUUUCUCUGCCAACAUGUAAGAGUCUGGAAAUAAAGGCUGUGUAAAAAUAU